AGGGCAGUUUCAGUGAGACGCAGUGUGGAUAUGGAACAGGAAGGACAGAGAGGGGGAAAAAAACCAACACAAGCAUGAAUGUGUUCACUGCUGAACAUUCCACCUGAUCAACUGAACCCUGAGAUUAAACAGAAAGAAGUGACACGCCUCUGUCUCCGCCCCUCAUUGACACGCCUCUGUCUCCGCCCCUCAGUGACACGCCUCUGAGAGAGAGAGAGGGAGAGAGAGACGCAGUUUGUUCUCGGAGGGAAGUUUCUGUUCUUGAGGCUCGGACCGAUCUCCGCCAGCCCCAUGUGGAUGUUGUUGGCGUCCUGCUCUGCGUUAGUGGUCGUGUUUUAGUGUGUCCGCACCAUGGCAGCAGUGAAAGCCCUUCAGCAGUGGUGUAAGAUCCAGUGUGAGGGUUACAGAGAUGUGUCCAUUACCAACAUGACCACGUCGUUCAGGGACGGACUUGCGUUCUGUGCCCUCAUCCACAAGCACAGACCCGACCUCAUAAACUUUGAGUCCUUGCGCAAAGAAAAUGUUUACGAGAACAACCACCUGGCGUUCAGAGUGGCAGAGGAGGAGCUGAGCAUUCCUGCUCUGUUAGAUGCCGAAGACAUGGUGGCUCUGAGAGUUCCUGAUCGUCUCAGCAUUCUCACCUACGUCUCUCAGUAUUACAACUACUUCCACGGCCGCUCUCCCAUCGGAGGUUUAGCAGGUGUGAAGAGGCCAGCUGAAGAGCCCGUCGAUCGUACGUCCGGGAAAAAGAACCAACCAGUCACAGCGAAAGCAUUCAGCUCGUCUAAAAUUGAGACGGAAGCAAAGAGAGACGUUCCGGUGGAGCGCCCCGAUAAACCCGGCACUAUAAACACGAGCUGCAGCGUCUGUAACAAACACGUCCACCUCGUUCAGAGACACCUCGUGGACGGGAAACUCUACCACAGGAACUGCUUCAAAUGCAGUGAGUGCUCCAAUAUUCUCCUCUCCGGAACUUACAAACCUGGAAAAGAGCCCAACACCUUUGUCUGCAAGUCACACCAAAACAUACAGAAGGCUCCGCCCACUCAGGUCACAGCACCUGCACGCUAUAACCAGACUACACCAACAACCACCAAGUCACCACCAAAGGACAUCACACUCAAGAGUCUGGGAAAAGAUUCCUCUCAGCCCAAGCCAGGCCCGCUUUGGCUGGCGAGUAAGAAUGAAAGCUUCUCGGCCCCGAAACCGGCCCCGACAGCCGCCCCUCGCUAUAAACCCACAACAUCAAAUUCUGUGACUGUGACGGUGAAAAUUCCCGCUGAACAGAAAGUAAUCACGGAGGCUCCUAAAGGUCCGAGCAGCUCCGUCCAGAGGAACCUGGAGGCCAGACAGAGGUUCUUUGAGCCCAGUAGUAGCUCCGUAUCAGUCACUAAGGGCACUACAGCAGUCUCGGUUAAUGAAAAGCCAGCAGCAGCAGGAGGUACAGGAGCUGCUGGAGGUGCAGGUAAAGGCAAACUGCUGCUCCAGGCGGAUGAGUGGACAAAAGAAAAGAAAAACGAAAAGCAAAAUGAUGGUGAUAAGGAGAAAGCGAAGUCUAUCAUUAGCAAGUUUGUGACUGAUGAGACCAACAAAACCAGCAGCCUACAAUCACAACAUGGUGGUGUGAGAGCUGGUGUUAAGACUAACGUUUCAGUCGGACCCGCUGCCGCUAAAGGGCCGAGCACCAAAGUACGGCUGAAACCACCGGUUAUGGAUCUAGAACUGAGUACAAACCCCACUUCAGAAAAAACCUCCAGCUGGCUGCGUCCCAGAGACAAAUCUCCAGCUAGAGCAGCUAAUGCACAGCCUUCUGACCACAAUGAAACCGGUACAGCGCCUUCAGACUGGAGAUCUCUGCUCAAACCUGUGGCCAAGAACACAAAAUUCAAAAGCUCCCAAGAUUCCACGCCGACAAGUGAACCGAAGACAUCUAACACAGGAUCUCGUCCCUUGGAAUCACACAUGAAGAUCUCCACUCCUCCAUCUACUGCUCCUCUUUCUACAAACAGCAGCAGCACAAAAUCACCCUCAACCAGUGUACUGAAAAACAGGACGACACCUGGCCAAGGCAAUGAGGGCAAUGAGGAAGGACUUAAAAACUAUAAUGUCGAAAGCAGAACAUCAGAUUCAAAUUCCUCUUCAACAACGCCAAAGUUGAAGCCCGACUACAUCCCCAGAGACGAGAUCCUGAAGGAACUAAAGGAGAUUGAGGUGAAGCUGAAUGAGCUGGAAAAGAAAGGCGUGGAGUUGGAGAAACGGCUCAGGCAGUGUGAAGAGGAGAACCAAGAGGACAUGCUAACGAACGACUUAAUGGUGGACUGGUUUACUCUCAUCCGAAGCAAACAGGUUUACAUCCGGCGCGAAUCCGAGCUGGUCUACGUUGGAAGAUCUCAGGACCUGGAGGAAGAGCAGCCUAAUGUUGAGGCAGAGCUUCGCAAAUUGAUGGAAAAACCAGAACACCUGAAGACUUCAGUAGAUAAAAAACGAGAAGACGAACUGAUGGCUAAACUGAUGGAAAUCGUCAACGACAGAAAUGCAAUAGUGGAUGGACUCGAUGAGGACAGACUGAGAGAGGAAGAGGAGGAUGAGCAGUUAAAUAAGAUGAUGCAGAAUCUUGACAUGAAGAAAGAAAAGAAGAAAAAAUCGACCGUGUCCAAGUGGUUUGGUUGGAAGAAUAAGCGCGAGGCUGUCGAGGACUGAUCUUGUCGAGGAACGGAAAUGAUAUUGGACAGAUUUUAUGAUCAUGUCUGUGACGUGUUGAUAGGAAACGAGCUCCUGACGUCUGAUCCCACCUUUAAAACUCUGUUAUUAGUAUCGUGUGACCUCAUUAUACAUCAUUUGAACUCUUCGCUAUUACUGUACAUUAGCCACUUUGCUAUCUACAGAGCUAGCUCGUUAGCUUGUCCUGCUAAAUGGUCGUGUAGUUGAGGAGGUCAAACAGCAGACGUUAUUUCUAUAGUUGGAUCAUCACGUGUCAGAAUUUUUGUGGUGCGAAUUGAUGGGGGGGAAAAAAAAAACUGCCAGUGUGGUGGUGUUUUACACUCAGUCCAAAAGAGCUUCCACAGAAAUGAGGUUAAGAUCCCGAGCUGUGGAAAGCCCAAGCCUGUAGGAGGUGAAGCGUCUCGUGUUUUCGCACGUGGACGUGAGCUGAGUGAUAGUGAUUUAUGUAUUUGUAAAGUAUUGGAUUUAUUAGAGAACAUGUUGAGUCGAUAAACACUGAUUCAUAUUGAAUCACACACCGAGUCUAAAACCUGAGUCUGUUCUUUUAAUAUAGAUUUUAGUGAUUUGGUAGAUUUUUAGUGUUGUGAUCGAUGAAACCCCAGAAUGAAUGCGGUGCAGUUCUGCAGACUGACCUGCAGGGGGCAGCGUGUAUCUUACACUAAACACAGGAACAGUUCAGUUUGUGGAAACGCAGGGAUAAGUGGACAUUUUAAUGCUGAGUUCUUGGAAAUAUGUGGAAUGUACAUAAAAUAUAAAGAUGUCAGUGUUCGCCAAUUAAAUUAUUUAGUGUUUUAGGGGAAAAAAGUGAUAGAAUUUGUGUAUAAUUAAUUCAAAAUAAAAUCAAGACUUGUGAACUGAAUGUAAAAUAAAAUGUAAGAUGAUCAAUAAAGGUUUUUCAAGAAGUU